CCGCCGCCGCAGAGGCGAACCGGGCGAUGCCGCGCCGGGCCCGGGGCUGGGGAGCCGCCCGAGGACAGCCAGGCUAAAAAUAAUCCUUCGCCUCAUGCUGUGCAUGAAAAUAAAGGAGACUAAAAAGAGAGCGAUGCUGGAUCAUAGCAGUUAAGGACCUGCUUGGGUUAGAAGCAUAGAUCUGGACUUGCGUGCCUGGGGGGGGAGAAUAUAACCACUGCCACCGGCUGGAAAAAUCCCAUGGAAAAUAAGGCAUGUGCCCUUCACGGUGGCAGAGACUAACUGGCGUGAUGAGCUACUGGAAGAGGCAGUAGCAUCCCAAGUGCUUGAAGGCUGUCCAGCCUGCCCCACCAUAUCCCCACGUGCAGCCUAGGAGCUGGGUUUCAGCCAGCACGUGCCACCAGGAUGACCCGGCCAGGAGCCUCGGGAGCACUUCGGCUAGGAGCCUGCGGGUUUGGAACAAACCGGGCACGUAGGAUGGGAGAAGAGUCUGUGAAAACAUCCCCCCCACCCCUUCUUUCAGCCAUCCACACUUGCUGGGGAGAGCGGGGGCAGAAGGGGGCCCAAGGGUAGGGAUGGGGAAUCCCAGCAACUCCCUGAUGGCCCUGCCUGUUCCUCCAUGCAGGAUGGUUCCCCCGCCACCUGUCAGCAAGCCCCACGUGUGCCUCUCCACCGUGCUCAUCAUGACCAGCCUCGUCCUCAUGGACGCCUACCUGGUGGAACAGAGCCAGGGCUCCAGGAAACUGGGCAUCUGUGUCAUGGUGGCAGUGGGCGACGUGUGCUUCCUGCUGGUGCUCCGCUACGUGGCCAUCUGGGUCGGGGCGGAGGUAAAGACAGCUAAGCGGGGCUACGCCAUGAUCCUCUGGUUCCUGUACGUCUUCGUCUUGGAGAUCAAAGUCUACUUUGUAUACCAGAACUAUAAAGCUGACCGGAAAAGCCUGGACCUCAUAGCCCGCAAAGCACUCACCUUGCUGCUCUCCAUCUGCAUCCCAGCCCUCUACAUGUUGUUGGCGGCCACGGAGCACAUGGAGUACGUCAGGACAUUCAAGAAAAAAGAAGAUCUCCGCAACCGCCUCUUUUGGGUCAUUGUGGACAUGCUGGACGUGCUGGACAUCCAGGCCAACCUGUGGGAGCCCCAGAAGAAGGGGCUGCCACUCUGGGCUGAGGGCAUCAUGUUCUUCUACUGCUACAUCUUGCUCCUGGUCCUCCCUUGCGUGUCCCUCUGUGAGAUCAGCAUGCAAGGGAUCGGCAUUAUGCCUCACCGGAUGAUGCUGUACCCCAUGCUGAGCAUGCUCACCGUCAACAUCGCCACCCUCUUCAUCAGAGGCAGCAACAUGGUCUUCUUCAGGGACGCCCGGGUCUCCAGCAUCUUCAUGGGCAAGAACAUGCUGGCCAUUGGGCUGAAGGUCUGUACGUUUGUGCAGUACCAGCGGCACCGGCACCCCGUGCCCCUGGGGCUGGACCUGGCCCUGCAGCACAGCACCCAGGCCCAGCCCUCCCCGGGGCUGCGCGCGUCCCGGGACCAGCCCGCCUGCCCCGAGGAGCUGGCCCAGGACAACAGAUGACAAGCCAGCAGGAGCAGCAGCCUGGCUACCGCCACGCCUGGCUGGACCUGGAAGCUCGGGGCGGGCUGCUAAAGCCCCCCCACCCCGGACAGAGAGCAGCAACCCUGCUCCCGCCCUCCCUCCCUGGGCGAAGCUGCCCCUGCUCCCCGAGGAGGGGAGCUGCUCCUUCUCGGAGCAGCCCCUGUAAAGCCGCGGAGCAGUUCGGGACCCCAGCACCCCACUGAGGGAGAUGGGCAGAGGAGGCCAGGUUUGCCCGCUGUGUUUGGCUGGGGCCAGGCAGCCCCCCCCCCCCCCCCCCCCACAUACCCCAGGCUCAGCUGGGGGGCUGCAGAGGGACAGUACUGGUGUGGUUGGCCCUACCUCCCCCCUCGGUGCUUUGGCAGCAGCCUGCUCCCUGCUGCACGAGCCGGGGACCCCCUUCCCCGUCAUCCCUCUCAGCCAGCUGCAGGCCUGGGGUGCCCAGAGGGGGGGUCACCAUCCUUUUUCGUAUCUCCCUCUUUGCAAUAAAAGACCUGAGCCCUGCA